AUCCAACAUCCUGUAAACAGAGGGCCAUGCGUGUUGCACUGCGGCCACGCAGUGGUUGCUUGGUGCUCUGUCUGUGCCUGUCAGUGUUCACCCUGCUGCUACAGAGCCUCUGGGUGCCACUUGAGAUGGCCAAGGAUGAACCUGCCGGGAGGUCACCUGAGGAACAGGGUCAGCGUGGUCUUGGCUUUCGUCGGCUGGCUCUGCGAUUGGAGGCUUUGAGCACUCAGGUGCAGAGGCUGAGCAGAGAGAGAGAUGUCACCCAGCUGACCAGAGAGGAUGUCAAUCUGCUACUGCAGAGCUUUAGACAGGACCAGCAAGGCUUGGCCCGCCUGGUAGAGAGGGAGCUGAAGAGAGUGUCCCAGAAGCUUGAUCAGCUCAGCCGUCAUCACCACCAUCACCAUAAGUCUCACACUCCGCCACCGCACGAUGACAGAGCACACAUAGGGCCCAAUGACUGUGAGGUGCCAAUGGAUUCUGCGUAUCCGGUGUGUGCCGAGAAAGUGGAGUUCCUGCAGUCACGCUGGCAGUCAGACCCCUGCUAUGCAUUUUAUGGGGUGGAUGGUAGCACCUGCUCCAUAUUGACUUACCUAAGCCAAAUAGAAGACUUUUGCCCCCCUCACCUCAGGAGGAACCACUCUGAACUGCCAUGGCACAAGAAACCUCACACUUAUACAGAAAAGGCUGAGAUACGAACGUCUCUAAGCCAACUGUAUGAAGUCAUCGGCAACAACAGUGGUCCUGCAAUAGACUUCAUCCGGUCCAGAGUGGACAGGAUGUCUGAACAGUGGAUACAGGCUGGUCUGAGGAUGGGACACAACAGCAACAAGACGGUCUCCAACCAGAUGAGGGUGCUGCUGUAUCCGGGUGCCCUGGCUGGGACUGUUGGUCAGCGUUUUGAAGCCAUGGUGGAAAGAGGGGGGCCUCUUGGGGAGCUGGUCCAGUGGGCAGACCUCAGUGCCUGUCUGAUAAUCCUGGGCCACAAUAUAACCUUCAGCACCUCACAGCACCAACUCCACAGCCUGAUAGGUGCUGCUCCUGGCCGAGGUAGUUGUCCAAUCCAGAGGCCCCUGACCUUUGACCUCAUCUAUACCGACUACCAUGGCCUUGCUCACCUUCAAGGAGCCAUGGGACUGGCUUUUCAGCAUUACCAGUGCCGCUUCAGAAUCCUGGAUUCUUUUGGCACUGAACCUGCCUUUAACCUGGGGAGUUAUGCUCAUAGACACGGAUAUAAAACAUUGUGGGGCAGAUGGGGUCUACAACCUCUGCAAUACAUGACCAUGUUCCCUCACACUCCUGAUAACUCCUUCCUGGGCUUUGCGAGUGAGGAGGCAGUGAGGGCGGAGGUGAGAGAGGAGGAGCUGGAGAGCCACAGGAAAGACAGGAUAGCAAUUGUCUACGGCAAACAGGACUACAUGUGGCAGGGUAAAUCUGAGUAUGUGGAGGUGGUCAGUGAGGAGCUGGAGACCCAUGCCACAGUCUUUCAGCCUCCAGGACACACCUCUAAUCUGCCCAGCUUUAUCAGAAACCACGGCCUGCUGACUCAGGAACACUUCCUACAACUUCUCCGCAGAGCCAAGGUGUUUGUAGGCCUUGGUUUUCCCUAUGAGGGUCCAGCUCCUAUUGAGGCAAUAGCUCUGGGCUGCAUCUUCCUUCAACCACAAUUUGACCCACCACACUCAUCAGACAACAAUGACUUUUACAAGGGCAAACCCACCACAAGACAGAUCUCCUCCCAGCACCCUUAUGCUGAAGAAUUCAUUGGUAAACCUCAUGUGUGGACUGUGAACAUGACCAACAGCACCGAUGUACGAGAGGCAGUCAAAGCUAUCCUAAGCACAGAGGUGAAGCCUUUCACCCCCCGAGAGUUCACCUGUGAGGGAAUGCUGGAGCGGGUUCAUGGUUAUAUCACUCACCAGGACUUCUGCAGUAAAUCUGUCCCUGUUUGGCCACCAGAAAGUGCUCUAAGGGUGCACCUGGGUCCCCUGGGCCAGUCGUGUGUGAGUGUGUGCCGACGCUCCUCCCUGGUGUGUGAGCCUGCUCUGUUUCACCACCUCAACAGUCCCUCCGCGUUCACCAGGCUUGGACUAGGCUGUUCCAGCGUGGGGCCGGAAAUCAACCACCUGUUUCCUGCCUACAAUCCUUGGGGUCGACACUGUGGCCUUCAGCAGGAGCCUCUACUGUUCAGUUGUGCUGGCUCUGACCCUUCGCACCGCAGACUGUGCCCUUGCAGAGCUCACCUACCUGGACAGGUGGCACUGUGCCCUGACUGCAUCUAAACACAACUGUGAAAGAACCUGGGAAACAGCAGGGAGAGAAGAGGAAAAGGUAGUAGGGUUAGGGAGACAAAGGCGACCGAUGAGCCAUCUGCAGUGCGUACUGUAUACGUGAAGAAUUGAUUUCAACCAAAGAAAGCAAGCUUCCAAUGCUACUGAAAGUUUUGUGGUUUUGAUUUUAUACAGAGGCUGAAGGGUCCCAGUAAUAUGAAGGAAUCCUCUCAGUCAGCACGACUAACAUUUGGUUUUUCAUAAAAAUGUUGGAGUUACAAAUUCAUCACAAACACAUCAAGUGAUUGCUACUUGUCCUGCAGGCAGCCGACACUAGUGAUUAACAAUUAUUAAAACAAUAUGAGAGAGGUUUUGCCAAAUAAUGAACAUCUACGUCAUUUAAAUUUCUGUAGCUAGAUUUGUCCAGUGCAAUUGUUGUGUCAAGCUUUUGUUUUGUUUUUGUAAUGACAGUCAUUACUCAGGAACCAAAAAUAAAUGACAUGUCAUUUCGUAAGUACUUGAAGUGUUGAAGGAUAAUGAAUUGUGGGCCUGGUGUUUCAUGGUGCCUGAUAAAAAUCCCUCUUGUUGUUGUAGCUUUUUCUUGGUCCCUUAAGCAAAUAAUGAAGGCAACACGCACUUUAGGGAAAAUUUGUUUAGGUGUAUUUAAAUGAAGUGGGAAGCGGCACCAAAGACCGUAAAGCCAUUCAGUUCAAUUCCAGAUCACACAUAGUACAGUGCACUUCAAUAUUAUGCUAAAUAAGUAUCUAAUCAUUCAUUCGUACACAGUAAUGUAGCACAGUGGUCAGUGUUGCAUGGGAUUAGCUCCUCAAUGUAUCGCUGGCUGCAAAUAUUAUCCCGGGCCUCAGAGGAGAGAGGGUGACAGCCUAAGUGAUGAGGCUCAUUAUCUGAGCGAAUCAUGGAUAACCUCUGGAUGCCUUUGGGAGGUCACAGCCAUAUGACGAUGAUUAUACUGUCAUAUAAACCACUGGUUCCCAACCGUCUUUGACUUAGGAAACCCCCUCCCAGCUCUGUUUCAAUCCAUGCCCCCGCCAGUAAAGGCAGAACCUCAUUGUUUGUCUUUCAAACACAUAUUUUGCGUCAUUUAGCGGGAUAAAGUCACUGAAGGCAGGAUUAAUUAUGUUUUCUUGAGUUAUUUUACUCGAAACUACACCUAAAAAUGAUUUUGAUCAGAACAGAUGACUAAUUUUGCCCAGAGUUCUUGCAUUUGCUUCAAAAUUAUUCCCUGAUUGCUUCAUGACCUACAGACCCAAGGGUAUUUUGCACCCCAGGUUGAUAUGAACAAACAUGGAAACUUUACAUACAGUACAUACAAUGAUUUGGAGAGGUUGAACAUUUGAACAUUUCCAUGUCAGAAGCCUGAAAGGGUCACGCAGGCCUAUCCCAUCGUCCCUGCCUGCAAAACAGCUUGUGAAAGAAACAAAUGAUAACAACUAAAGGCCAAACUUCAUCCCACAUUCCGUGUUGUAAGUGCUACACUUACAUGGCGCAGCUGUUAGCAAAGAUGUCUCCAACACAAUGGCAACAAGCUGCUGUGUUGAACUGGAUCGAUGUGAGGUUUUUCUUGGAAAUGACGCACUCGUGGAUGUUAAUUGGCAGAAAAAGAGACCUUUUCUGCACCGAUACACUCCAUGUGACCAGAACAUAUUGUCGCUCCGGGAUCAGACCGCUCAGGGUUGCGACGACAGAACUGGUCGACAGUGUGAUUGACUAGUAAAUGGCUGUGAAACGGUCCAUGAAAACAAUAUUUGUGAUGACUUUGGUGGAUUUUGGUGAAUUCAUUUGGCCCUGUCAAAUGUGACUUUUGUGUAAUUAGCUGAAUGAUCCAAAGAUGAUGGAAGUGAAGUUGUGUUUAUGUCAAAAGGCUUUUUGGAAUAAAAGAAAAUAAAAGUUGCUUUUGACUCAGA